AUGUAUUUCGCGGGUGAUUGUUAUGCAUAUUUUAAUGAAGAAAUGAAUACGAAUCCGGAACGAAAUUUCUCAGAAACGAAUGUGAAACGAUUGAAAGAUCAAUUGAAUAUCGAGCGAAAUGAGUGGCCGUCGAAGCGAGAACAAUACAUCAUUUGUGGAAAGUUAGGCGAAGGAGCAACGGGUAAUGAAUUGUUCAUUGGGCAUCGUGCACAGGAUGCUCGGUGCGAAAACGAGUAG